AUGGGGAAAGAGCCAGAUACAUAUGACCCAGACAAAGCACUCAGGAAUAGUCUCAGAUUCUCAGUCUCAGCCAUGGCUCAGCCAGCACCACCAACAAGCUCCGCCGCCGCCGGCGUCCGAAACUCCCAAAAGUCUAUAGGCUUCAUAGCAAACGCAGUGAAGAGGAAACAUAGCUUCAUACAAUUCUUCAUGAUGACCGGAAUUUUACUACUCAGCGUCCGAUCAGUCGGCCAGAAAUAUCGUAUCAACGAUCUCCGUGGAGACACCUCAGCACUAAAACAAGAACAAGAAGACCUCACCGGUCGAAUGAACCACAUUAAGCGCGGCCUUCUCGCGGAAGCCGCUCGCGAACCAUCCGGACUCUUCGCUUCCAGGCUUCAUCAUCUCUUCGGCGACGACAAUUGA